UUGUUUCCUCAAUUAAUUGGAAACUCAAGGUCGCUAGUUGGAUCUUACUUUUCUUUCGUAUCACCAACACAGUCGUUUGUUCGAAACUACAAAACUGAGGAACGCCUUCGUCUGAGAUGCCGUGACUGCUUCUUUGAAAGACGGGAUAAUAGAUUAUAUGUGGAAUGUAAAACUCACGCUCGUCAUCGUCAGGCUCAAAUUAUGAGUGAACCGCGAACUCCAUGGAAGUUUCGCAGGAAGAUUUGGAAGCAUGUAAAAUGGUCUUAA